GGCAGCUUGAAUAGAUGCUCUGGCUGAUGUGAAUAGCGGGACACUUGCUGUUUUAGAGACAACCAGCGCGCGAGGAGACGAAAAUCCCCGAGUGGACAAACAAAACCCGGAGAUCCACAGUUCCCACAGCUCCAGCAUGGCGUCCAAAUGCCCCAAAUGCGACAAGACUGUCUAUUUCGCUGAGAAGGUGUCAUCGCUGGGGAAGGACUGGCACAAACUCUGCCUCAAAUGUGACCGCUGCAACAAGCUUCUGACUGCAGGAGGCCAUGCAGAGCAUGAUGGAAGACCCUACUGCCACAAACCAUGCUAUGCUGCCCUCUUUGGACCAAAAGGUGUCAACAUUGGUGGAGCGGGCUCGUAUGUUUAUGAGGCUCCAGCUAAUAACAACACGUCCCCCACUAGUGUGGAUUCAGCCUCUAAAGUUGAAGAAAAGCGUGUUUAUGCUCCAAAGGCGCCAUCCAAAGCUGGUGGCAUCACCACUUUCUCCGGCGAGGCCAACCUUUGUCCACGAUGCAACAAGAAGGUGUACUUUGCUGAGAAGGUGACAUCCCUGGGCAAGGAUUGGCACCGACCCUGUCUGCGCUGCGAGAGGUGCAGCAAGACUCUGGCCCCGGGCAGCCAUGCAGAGCAUGACGGCCAACCCUACUGCCACAAACCCUGCUACGCUGUCCUCUUCGGACCCAAAGGCGUCAACACUGGCGGCGUGGGCAGCUACAUCUAUGACAAGGAGCCCAGUGCAGUGACCCAGCCUUGAACCUUUGUCUCCCUCAGCCUCACCCUCCUCCUCUCUACACAACACUGACCAUCACCCACAGUAUUAAGUGCUGAAUUUUCUCCUCCCUACUCGUGCGGCUGCGGAUCCCCCCCCAGCUCUCCUCCUGUUCCCGGGAUCAGAUUAAGAAGCAUGAAUUAAUAUUAACUUAAGUCAGAUGUUUGCUAAUAUGCAGAAAGGAGCAGAAACCGAUCAAAUGUUUUCACACAAUAAAUAAAAAAGCUUUGCCACAUUGACACUAUAAAUAUGUGAACACUUGCAGUUCCACAACAGACACAGCAGUUACACCCAACAAAUCUUAAUCAAACCUGUUUUUAAGGUUGUUUAAGGAUGUGUGUGAGGACAUGAGGGAUUCUCAGGUGAUUCUUUACUGCCGCCUGAUGACAGACUGAGAAGUUUCACCUCGGAGGCUGUUGCAUGCACAGAUGGUCUUCAGGAAUGGAGCACUAUGCCAAUAAAUCUCUAUUUUACAAAUGCCAUAUUUGUCGUUUGGCUGCCUGACAACAUUCCUGCUGUGAGGGGAAAGAAAUUUUAACAUACUGUAAAAAAAA